AGAUUCAAUUGGGAGUUGAAGCUGAUAAAUUCGUUGAACAGGACGUGGGGCAUACAAUGGCCUCACGAAGUAGUUUGAGUCCCACGUGGACAUUUCCUUCUCGUAAUAGUCCUGGGUGGGUCACCAGGGAGGUCUGUGGCAACUGCAAUCAAUCGAGUUCCAGGAAUGUUCCCCAAGUGGUGGCAAAGUGUCUAGAUUGCACGUACCUUCUUUGCCAACCAUGUCUGAUGGCUCAUCAAAGGGGUCGUCUGACAAGAAAUCACGGAAUUCAACUUGACACAAGAAGCAAUACACCAAGUCCAUCUUCAGCUGUUACCUCUUACUCAACCCCACCAACAAUUACCUUCUAUUGCGAUGUUCAUCGGGAAAUUAUAAAACUUUACUGCGAGCCUUGUGAAGUGGUAUUAUGUGAAGUAUGCGUAAACAAGGAUCACAGGGGUCAUUUUGUGUACCAAUUGUGGAGGGCUACUAGAGGUGGUGAAUUUACUCCGCUCCAUAUAUUGAAUGAAAUUUGCAGUGCAAUCUCAAACAUUCUACGAGGGAUUGAACUAGUCGAGCAUACUCACGAAAAUAUGGAGAGAUGGGUGAUUCAGACAGACCCUUUUUUGAGGAUAAGGAUCUCUGAAGGGUUUCCUAUACUUUGUGAAGAGCAAGAGAAAUUGCUGACUGCAAUUCAGAGAAUAAAGCUGAUGAGAGACGAAAGACUAGAGGUUAGAGCACAAGCUCUUACGAAAAUACUCCUUGGACUAUGGGAUAUUUUUAACAGACUCAGGGAAGCAAUCGAUCAACACACGACAAAUAAUCCGAACGAACUUUUGUGUAUCAAGGAAACGGGUGCCAAAGAGGUGCUUCAGAUUCGUCAAUAUCAGAAUUCUGUAGUACCCAGGGACGACGACUGGAUGUCAUUCCUAGAUUCAAAUAUCAAUUUGGUAAAUUCAUUCGCCUCCGUGGGACCAGUCACUUUUGGAAAUCCAGGCCCCAUAGGAGAUCAUCGAUCUGUAAGAGGUCGGACAGCGGCAAUAGAAACUCCCAUGGGCAGUAAUAGGAUAGUAUCCAACUUCCCACGGCAUGUCAUACCUCGUGGUAGACCUGUGCUAGGAUGCCAUCUUAUCGUAUCCUUGAAAAUCAAUCGCAGUUUAAAUUGUAUGGGACUAAAAACUGUUGCUAUUUGGGGUUCAGAAGGAAACAAAGAUGGAGAGUUAUGCAGACCCUGGGGUGUUUGCUGCGACAAGAAUGGAUAUAUCAUCGUAGCAGACAGAUCGAAUAAUCGUAUUCAAAUUUUUCAAGAAAAUGGUACUUUUGUAAGAAAAUUUGGUACCCAGGGCUCUGGUCCGUGUCAAUUUGAUCGACCCGCCGGUGUAGCUACAGACUCGCAAAGCCACAUUGUGGUUGCUGACAAAGAUAACCACAGAAUUCAAAUUCUUACCUUCGAAGGACUAUUUCUACAUACCUUUGGUGAAAAGGGCUCUAGGCCAGGCCAAUUCAAUUACCCUUGGGAUGUGGCUGUUAAUUCUGAAGGCCAAAUAGUUGUCUCUGACACACGAAAUCAUCGUAUUCAACUAUUCACACACCAAGGUGUAUAUUUAGGAAAGUUUGGCUUCGAAAAUACCACUGGUCCUUCAAAGCACUUUGAUUCGCCUCGAGGUGUUGCUUUCUCUCCAGAGGGCAACAUAAUUGUAACCGACUUCAACAAUCACCGGCUAGUCGUUAUUCCGCCGAACUUGGGAACCGCAAGGUUCUUAGGUGGGGAAGGUACUGGCUCAAAGCAAUUCUUGAGACCACAGGGUGUUGUGGUAGACGACGAAGGGCACAUCAUAGUUGCAGAUUCUAGAAAUCACAGGAUACAGAUAUUUGAACCGUCAGGAGAGUUGAUGUGGAGGAUAGGAAGUUCGGGUAAAGCACCUGGUGAACUCGAUAGACCCGCGGGCAUAACAUUAACACCCAAUGGAGCAAUAGUUGUCGUUGACUUCGGUAACAACAGAAUUCAAAUAUUCUAGAUUUUAAGAAGCAAAAACCAAUACCGUUGCAAAACUAUAACUCAGAAACUGAGGUCAAUCACUUGAUACAUUUUCAGCAAGAAGUAUGUAGCGUGUUAUCUGUUUAUAGAAUCUUUUUUUCGAGUUGAGCUUAGGCAUAUAUACCGGGUGUCCCAUUUUAAUCUU